UAUAGAGGAGGUGCAAUUCAAUAUGUUAACAAGGGAACAUUAUUCAGCAGCUUUCAUUGGACUCUAUGAAGCUGAGGGAGUUCAUUCUAUAUAGAGGGGGUGCAAUUCAAUAUGUUAACAAGGGAACAUUAUUCAGCAGCUUUCAUUGGACUCUAUGAAGCUGAGUGAGUUCAUUCUAUAUAGAGGGUGGUGAUGCUAAACUUUUGGCCACAGCUGUAGACACACACAAUGAGACACAGACACACACGGUGACACACACCCACACAGUGAGACCUACAAAAACACAUGCCCUGACUUCUAUUGCAAGAAUACACACGCCUACAGGAAGCAAGGUGGGGAAGGCAAUUAGCGUCGCACUGAAGCCUAUCGGCCAGGCCUGUGCAACACUGACAUGCGUCCCCCAUCCCUCUCACUUCAUCACAAUCAGGACUUUAUGAUUUUUUUAGAAGCUAGAGUAGUUAAGACUGAUUUAACCCUUUGCGGUCCAUUUAUUAAAUGCGCGUCAGGCACGCCAGGUCUAAUUUAUUUUCACAUGCGCAGUUAAUUUUAGACGCUGUUUAAAAGUAUUUUUUUUUCACAGUCAAACGGGUUUAAAAGGCCCUGCAUAUCAACAAAGCACUCACUAGGCAUCUCCAGCCCCGCCCCACCCUUUCGCUCGCUAUCGCUUUCACCUAUGUAAGAAAUAAAUAAUAAUAAUAAUAAUAAUAGUCGUACAUACCGAUCAAUCAUCUCCUGAUCACUCGUUUUAUCACCAAACUCCUCAAUAAUGCGAUCCAAGUCAUUAUUUUAUUACUAUAACAUCUCAAAAAAGCUCUGCAAAUGUCCGUGAUAGUCUCUGUGCGCUGACGCACUAUCAGCCAGCUUGUUUACUUAUGACCGCCCCGUUAUCUGAUACCAGGGCCAUGUAUGACUAUUCAUGAGAUACGCCUUUUUUUAUUUUUUUCGGCUUGUCUCGGCUCCUGUCGCUCCCACUCGGCCAUUGAAUGGUUUUCUCAACUUUUUCCGGAGAAAAAACGACUAGAAACCAUUUUUUUGCGUUUUUUUGAUGAUGUCGGACCUGAUAGGAAUAAUUGCAAUGUCGGACCAGGUCCGACAAUGGACCUCAAAGGGUUAAAGUGUCUCCCCCCCCCCCCCCCCCCCCCCAGUAAAUUCACAGUGAAAGUGUGGUAAAGCACAGAGAGGUGUGGUAAACUAUGGUAAAUGCAUAGUAAAAACAUAUUUGGGUGGCGGUUAAGAAAUGAAUCCGGAUUAUGUAGAGGAAUUAAAAGGAGCAGCCUUUUAUUUGUUUUUAUUAAAUUUUUUUUGUUUGUUUUUGAGCCCGGAACUUUGUUUAAAUAAAGUAAUCGCAGCUGACGAGAAUAAGUUUUUAAACGGCGCACAGAAUCUCAAAUGCCCAGCUUCAGAAGAUUUUAAAUAAAUAUACAUAUAGUCUGUCGCGACACUAGCUAAAAAAAAAAAAAAAAUUCUUUAAACAAGCCCUGCUUUUAUAUCGUGCCGCAUUUCCUUUGUGACCUGUAGCGUGAAAUUGUCCCCUCCCCCCCUUCCAUCUCAACCAAUCAACUGCUCCCCCUAUUGACUGACCAAGCUUUCAACCAGUUAAAAAAGAUGACCCACUGCUGACGUGACCAAGAACAGGGCAUGAAAACAGCUUUAACCCAGAAACAUUUUAAACUGAAAAUCCCUGUUCGCUGUCUUUUCAAAACUGCGCAUCUGAGACACUGUGGGACGGGUAAGAUCACAGAGUAAGUAGCUGGGUUCUGAAAAUUACAGCGUCCCCACGCGUUGCUACAACCGUUUCAAACAACAGACCGGUCGUUUUUUCAUCGUUGACACCCUGACAGCUUUUUACACUUGCAGCUUUUAAACUCUGUUUCAAAGCUCUGUUCAAAAUGUCCGCUCUGGUGCACUGGGGGGUUGAGCUCUGUCCUCUAAAUCAGUGCUCUGUCUUUUCAGUUCCGCGUCACAGAUCGUUAUCGCCGUGUUGUGUGUUUGACAAUGCAGCCGAUAAUCCUGACACUGUCAGUGCACUAGAACAGACAUUGUGAACAGAGCUUUGAAACAGACUUUUAAAAGCUGUCAGGGUGUUAACUAUGAAAAGAGAACCGACAGGUCCGUUGUUUGAAACGGUUGUAGCAGCGCGUGGGGACGCCUCCCACUCUGUUUUUUCGGAAGCCCGGCUAUGUGCUCUCUGAUGGGGUAAUUGUGGUGGCUGUGUUGAGAGGAGUUAAUUGGGAAUUUGACUUAGUCUCUCUGUAUUGUAAUGUACUAUAACAGUCCUUGAAGAUUGUAAUUUAAUUGUGUGAGGUGGGGAAGCGGGUGCUAAAACUGUAUCCAGACUCGUUCAGAAAUAAGACUUGUUUGAUUAAAUAAAUGAAUAAUUAACAGAUUACGAAAAAAGGAUUCGCUUUUGUUGAUUUUGAUGAAAGGAUAUUCUACAGCUGUCAAAUCUCAAAUAUCUGAAAUACUUUUUUUAAAUAAGUGGCCCUUACCUCUCUCUUACCCCCUCUCCCCCUCUCUCUCUCUCAACCCGCACCCCCGUCACCUUCUUUCUCUUUUCCAUUUGAAAUGGCUGCCUCCCCCUUUCUCUCCCUCCCCCUCCUCUCCCUCCUGUUUUAAUCUUGCCACUCUCCCCUCUCUCUAUUUUAACCUCCAGUUUGAAUCCCCUCUCUAUUUUAAUCUGGCCUCUGCGUUGCUGGAAUGCCAUUGCUUCAGCUGUCACAGAGGGAGGGAGGGAGAGGAGGUAGAGAUUUUCAGAGAGGUGUCCUUGAAAACUUAGUCGAGUUUAACUAAGGAGGAGGAACGAGACUUGUUACUGGAAGGGAAAGAUUCAAAGUGGGAGAAGAAGGGAAAGAGACUGGGAGAGAGAUGGUCUUUGAUUGAGACUGGAUUGUGACGGAUUACAACCUGGCCUUGGUCCAGACAGGGAUCCUAAAAUAUUUCUCAAGAUCCCUGUUAAAUUCCUACAGGAUUUCUACACAGUUCCUUUGCGGCGUUCCAACAACUAUCCCAGAGGAUUUCUACGAGAUUCCCACAAGGUCCGGACACGAUUUUUCAACGACAAUACUACAAAAUUCCUAUUACUGGUCCAACAGAAUCUUGCAAGAUUUCUACAGUAAUAAUUCUUCGAGAUUCAUGCAAGAAUAGCCGUGAACAUUUCCUACAGGAAUCCUACAGAAUUCCUAACAAGCUUCCAGCUUCGAGAGGAUUUCGCAGAUUCAGAAAAAAAACACCUUGCACACGCUGACACACACACACGUACACUGAAGCACUGACACACACAUACACACUGACACACACAAUCACACACAAUCACACACUGAAACACUGACACAAACACAAUCACUGACAGACACACUGACACAGACAAACACACUGACAAUCACACUGAAACAGACAAACACUGACACAAUCACACACUGAAACAGACAAACACUGACACAAUCACACUGAAACACUGACACAAUCACACAAACACAAUCACACUGAAACACUGACACAGACAAACACUGACACAAUCACUGAAACACAAUCACACAGAAACGCAAUCACACUGACAGAAACAUACAAUCACACACUGACACACAGAAACACACAAUCACACUGACACUCAGAAACACAAUCACACUGACAAACACAAUCACUGAAACACACAAUCACACACUGACACACAGAAACUCAAUCACACACUGAAACACUGACACAGACACACACUGACACAAUCACACACUGAAACACUGACACACUCAGGUUCCCACACACUGACAAUCACACAAUCCGAGUGAACCAGCGUCACCUGGAUUCACACUCACUGACUCAGUUACGCUGUGAUUCGCACGUGCUCAGAUUCACGCUGACACGCACGCACACACUCGUAAACAGCUGGGAGGGCUUAGUAGCCAUGUUCUGAGAUUCUGACAAGUGUCCUUUUAACUUCUAACCAGGGUCAGAUUACGAGAGAGAGAGAGAGACAACAGCAGCUCAUAUUCUAGGAAUACAAAACCAGUAAGUUCAGGACAAGACAAGAACAGGAACGCAAGACCACGCAACCCCCUCCUGUGCUGGUUCUGGAAACCAGUCUCCUCACUGGUUUGCUGAGAGACCAGUUUGCCAUUCCCACCAUUCCCUCCCUGACUGGUGUGAGGUGCUGAGAUGGUUCUGGAGCGGCUGGUGGUUCUGCUCAGCGAGCUGGCGGCCCGUUGCCUCGGUAACGCUCAUUUUCGCCGGCACUUUCACCUGUGGGUGGCGCUGCUGAUCCUGCUCGGGCCAGGCCUGACCUUCCACGUGAGCCACAGCACUGUGUUCGCCAACCGCAGGAACUUCCUGUACCUGUACUUCCUGCGCUCCGGUUGGGGGUGGACCUGCUUGUUGACGGGCGGGUUCGUGCUGCUCGUCUCCUAUUCGUCCACGCGGAGCCCCGCCUCCUGCCUGCGUCACCUGACCCGGCUGCUCGUCGCCUCUCUGCUGUGGAAGGGGGCGCUGUGGAGCUUCGCGCAGGUCGAGAACGCCACGGGCAGCUGCUUCCAGCCAAUCAGGAGCGAGAUCCCCGAGGCCACGGCCGCCGCUCACAGACACUCAAACUACCCGCAGGGGGGCGGGGCCAGCGCCAGCUCCUCCCCCCUGCUCCUGCUCCGAGAGACGGAGAACAAGGCGUCCUGUCUGGCUGAGGGGUUCCAGUGGAGAGGGUAUGAUAUCUCUGAGGAUACCUUCCUGCUCACUUUUGCCGUGCUGCUGGUGGCGGAGGAGACGGCCGUGUUCCGGCCCUACCUGUCUCGGGGUCACCCGGCCGGGGUACCCCUGCGCCUCGUCUUUCUGCUUUGCUCCGCCCUCCUGCUCCUGUGGAACUUCCUGCUGCUGUGUGUCCUGGUCUACUUCCAGCGCUACACCCACAAGCUGCUAGGGGGCGCCCUCGCCACGCUGUGCUGGAGGCUGCUGUAUCACGGCUGGUACAAGAGCGGGCCCUGCUGGUACUCCCCGGGACGGCCCGGCGUGGGGUUGUUUGACAGGCCGGACCAGAGAGACAACUAGAGAGACAGUCACUCCCUCCUCCCUCUCCCCUCUUCUCCCCUUCUCCUCUCUCUAUAACCCUCUCCCUCCCUCCCUCUCCUCUCCUGUCCCUCUCUCUAUAACCCUCUCCCCUCGCUCUAUAACCGUCUCCCUCUCCUCUCCUUCCCCUCUCCCCUCUCUCCUCUCCUCUCCCUCUCCUCUCUAUUUAUAACCCUCUCUCACUCCCUCCUCCCUCUCUAUAACCCUCUCUCUAUAACCCUCUCCCCUCCUCCCUCUCUCUAUAACAAUCUCCCUCCUCUCUUUAUAAACCUGUCCCUCUCCCCUCUCUCUGUAUCCCUCCCAUCUCCUCUCCCUCUCUCUGUUUGACAAGCUGGACCACAAAGAGAUAACUCCCUCUAUUUCACUGCCCCUCUCACUCUCUCUUCUCUAUUUCACACUGCCCCUCUCACUCUCUCUUCUCUAUUUCACACUGCCCCUCUCACUCUCCCUUCUCUAUUUCACACUGCUCCUCUCACUCUCCCUUCUCUAUUUCACACUGCUCUUCUCACUCUCCCUUCUCUAUUUCACACGGCUCCUCUCACUCUCCCUUCUCUAUUUCACACGGCUCCUCUCACUCUCCUCUAUUUCACACGGCUCCUCUCACUCUCCUCUAUUUCACACGGCUCCUCUCACUCUCACUCCUCUAUUUCACACGGCUCCUCUCACUCUCCCUUCUCUAUUUCACACUGCUCUUCUCACUCUCCCUUCUCUAUUUCACACUGCCCCCUCACUCUCCCUUCUCUAUUUCACACUGCUUCUCUCACUCUCCCUUCUCUAUUUCACACGGCUCCUCUCACUCUCUCUUCUCUAAUUUAGACUCGUCCGGUUCUGAGCAGCUGUCUGAUCUCAGAACUUUGUCAAGUCGGGUCCUUUAAGAAUUCAUUUGAGAGCCGUUGAGCCGUCCGGGUCUCUCAAUUGCACACUGAGACGCGUUCAGAGUCAAAUUGAUUUCAUUGACAGGGUUUCUUCUGUGAAACAGCUACACAGGCUUUUUAAAGUCGGCCCAGCCUUCGUUUUUCAUUUAGAAGCAGGACGACGUACAAGCGAGAUUUUAUUAACCCUCCGAGUACUAAGACUCGGCCACUUUUAAAAUCGCAAGUCUGACUUUUUCAUUUCAAAAGCAGAAGCGACUCUUCUCUUUAUCAGUGUAAAUACAGUCGCUCUGCAGAAAGAUUUGGAAUAAAGUGCGUCCAGCAGAAAAAUAAUUAUUUUUCAUGGCAGCUUUAAUAAAAAGACAAGCCUCUUAUUAACAUGUCGCGAUCUCGCUGGUACGUCCCGCUUGUAAAAGGCCGAUUUUAAAAAGCCUGUGUAGCUGUUUCACAGAAGAAACUCCAUCAGUGAAAUCAAUCUGACUCUGAACGCGUCUCAUUGUGCGAUUCAGAGACCCGGGACGGCUCAACGGCUCUCAGUUGAAUUCUUAAAAAGGGAUAAGUGAGGAUGAGACUCUGAAAAUCACAAGCCCUAAAUUAUAAUAGCGUAUGUGUUGUGUUUGUUUUAUCGUAUCGUAAGACGUGUUUUUUUUUUUUUUUUUUUGUAAUGUGUUUUCAAAUGUAAAAUGGCAGCACAACGUAACAUGUGUGCGUGUGCAUGUGUGCGUACGUGUGUGUGUGUGUGUGCGUGUUUGGAACAAUACAUUAUAACAGAAACAAUAAAUUAAUUUUAAUCUUU